UCUGGCAACACUGCCAUUGUGACGUCACAUGAAAUAGGCUGACGACACCUUUUUAGACUUCGUAAUAAAAUAUUUUUCAGUGGUUUUUCGUAGUGUUUCUACGGUUUAUAGUGAUUUUGUACAAAUAUAAACGAUAAAUUAACUAAGUGUUGUGUUAAAAUUUCACUCGGUGCGAUGGACCACCAAUAAUUUUAGUGACAACGAGUGAUGAAGGAAAAAGAAAAUGGCUACCUUCGAACGCAUGUUGUUAGCCAGGAAACAUUUAAUUAUAAAUGAAAGAUACAACGUUAUCCGCAAAAUUGGCGGUGGCAGCUUCGGAGAUAUCUUUUUAGGAAUAAAUGUCAACGAUGGCGAGGAGGUAGCAGUGAAGGUAGAAUCUAUAAAAGCGCGACACCCCCAACUUCUCUAUGAGAGCAGAGUGUAUAAGAUGCUCCAAGGGGGCAUCGGCAUACCACACAUAAGAUGGUACGGCUACGAAAAGGACCACAACAUCCUGGUGAUGGACCUCCUUGGUCCAUCACUGGAGGACCUCUUCAACUUCUGCUCGCGCCAGUUCACCAUCAAGACGGUUCUUAUGCUGGCAGAUCAAAUGCUCGGGCGCGUGGAGUUCAUCCACUGCAAGUGCUUCAUCCACCGUGACAUCAAGCCGGAUAACUUCCUGAUGGGCAUCGGCCGCCAUUGCAACAAGCUCUAUAUGAUCGACUUCGGUCUCGCCAAGAAGUUCCGGGACCUCCGCACGCGUGCCCACAUCUCAUAUCGCGAGGAUAAGAAUCUUACUGGCACGGCUCGGUACGCAUCGAUAAACGCCCACCUCGGCAUCGAACAGUCGCGGCGGGACGACAUGGAGUCUCUUGGAUACGUGCUCAUGUAUUUCAACAGAGGCUCGCUGCCGUGGCAAGGCCUGAAGGCGAUCACCAAAAAGCAGAAGUACGAGCGGAUCAGCGAGAAAAAGAUGUCUACACCGGUUGAGGUGCUCUGUAAGGGAUUCCCGGCCGAGUUUGCGAUGUAUUUAAAUUACUGCCGUGGACUGACCUUCGACGAGGCUCCUGAUUACAUGUAUCUAAGACAGCUGUUCCGCAUCCUAUUCCGCACGAUGAACUACCAGUACGACUACACGUUCGACUGGACGAUCCUGCGUCAACGCAAGCAGCACAUGGAGGCCGGCGCCGCGCCCGCCGACCGCCGCUCGCCCUCCGUGCAGCGCCGCGCCCAGCAGCAGCCCUCGCAGCCGCCGCCCAACAACGAGUGAAAGAGAUUACGACGUUCGGCAGCCCCGGGUGGUCCGGUGAAGAAGAGAGCGCGAUAACAUAUGUCAGUGUGUGCGUGCUUGUGUGUGUGUGUGUGUUGGUGUGCCGCCGAACGCGUUCCUCAGGACUCGCUCAGUCGAGCUCGCGGCGCCGCUACUGUCCGCGACUCAUACAAACGUUAUACUGUCGCGCGACACGUACGACGGACGCCCCGGCCACUGUUUUAAUACAUAGCUGCACUGCAGAACCACAGUCACAGUGGUCUUAUUAUAUUAUUGAUCUUUCUGUGUGGCCACAGAUACAUUCGUCUUUUUUUACUGUAUAAUAUUUAACUGUAAAUUACAUUACAGAUUACAGAUUACAGAUGUUCAUAAAAUUACACUAGAGAAAUAUUCAUUAUUAAUUCAGUUUGUAGUUAUGUAACUCGAUGAUUGUUUAGUUUUCGAUGUUAGUUUUCUAAUUUAGCUAGUGUUCAUAUUGUAUCGUUAGUGCCGUCGGUAUUGCAAUCUGUUCUCUGUACAUACGCGAAUUGUGUUGAGAAUACCGCCGGCCGUUCGACGCGCAACACUAUAUCGGCUAGAAUUGUUCAUUAAAAUUUGCAGAUUUGUAAUGAAUAUAGUAGUCUAUAACAAACGUGAAAAAAUGGUAAAAAUGAAAAAAAAAAAAAAGAAAACGAUGUGGUAGUUGAUAAGUGAAUUAAUUGAAUUGAUUUCCUGCCGUUUGGAACGCACACUGCCUAAAUAAACAAACAUAGACUUUAAGAUUAUUUUUUAAUAAUAAUUGCUAUUAUUUUGGGAAUAUUUCACUUAUAAAUUGUACAUAGCCGCGGGUAGUGCGCGUUCCAAGCGGAUGCUGGUACAGCGGUAUAUUUUAUUUGAUGGUUAUAAAAUUGUAAAUACAUAAGCUAGUAAACUUGUUUUAAUCACUACAUAUUUUUUUAAGAAAGCACUAAUUGCGUUUGAUUUGUGGCGUAUUGUGAUACUGAAUGUAAUGUACUGAGAGGGCUCGACCCUGAGUACUUAGAGAAACUAACUUGUCCGGAUAGUUAGAUACUUGGAAAUAGUAACCACUACUGAACUGUUGAGUCACUGAGAUCGCUAAUGUUUCUCAACACGCAGAGAGCCCAAACGGGACUGCGAUCUAUCAGGUUUCCAAAGACUCUGAAACUUGAUUUUAACUGGAAUGAGUUUCAUUUGGGGUUUUAUACGCCUCAGUUUUUCGAAUGAAAAACAUUCCAUUUACCACUCAAGCUAUCAAUGAUUAGACUUGAACGGAAUUCAUGUUUUAUACAACCUUCUUCACCAUAUUAUAUCAUGAAGUGAUUCCCGUUAGGAAACUCACGUAGUCUCGUCGUGAUUGCCGACGCCGUGAAAUAUUUUUAUAUUGAACGACCACUAUACAAUGCUUCCAUAGUUCGAAUGCCACAAGUAUCAUAAUACACCAUGUUAUUUUAAGACAUAACUAUAAGUUUCCGGAAUGACUAGUGCGAACGAAGUGUGAACGAACAAAUGGAGACAAAAUUAUAAUAACGUUAUAUAUACCAUGUUUAGUUACAAUGUUGGUAUGUUUGACCCACUGUGAGUGAUAUUAUGGAUCUCAUUCCUUGCAAAUUCGGUUUUAUUUCGAGACUCAGUAACACUGGUUCAGGACACGCAUUUUGUCUCCAGUUGUGUGUAUACUCAGUGUGUCAACACUCUAUAAAUUAAUAAACAGUAAUAAACUA